UAUUUACCAGUUUUUCUUAUUCUAAUUUUGAGUUUUGUUACAAAACUAACCAUUUGUAAUGAAAGACCAGUGAUUGGAAUACUAACACAAGAAAUUUAUUUGUCAAGUUUUAAAAAUAUAAGACCACGUAAUUACUCAUAUAUAGCCGCAUCUUAUGUUAAAGCAAUUGAAGCUUCUGGAGGACGAGUUGUGCCAAUUUUUACCAACAGAACUACUGAAUACUACAAGGAUGUAGUGAAAAAAGUAAAUGGUAUUUUGGUCCCUGGAGGAAGAAGUGUGUUUAAUAAAAGUUUUGGAAUAGGUCAAUCGACAAAUGAAAUUUUUCACAUUGCAAAAAAUAUAAACGAUAAUGGAGAUCAAUUUCCAAUUCUUGGAAUUUGUCUGGGAUUUGAACUUCUUCUAGUCACAUCCAUUAACGGAAAAAAUCCUCUGAGAAGCUGUGAUUCUAAUGACGUGAAUUUACCUCUAAAUCUAAUACCAACAAUGGAAAAGAAAAGUGUGUUAUUCAAAACAAUGCCAAAGGAUGUUCGGAAUAUACUACUUACAGAACCAGUUACAGCUAACCAUCAUAAAAAUUGUAUAACACCACAGAACUUUACAUCAAUGAAGUUAGAUAAGUUUUGGAACUCCAUAACAGUCAAUAAAGAUUCAAAUAAUUUAACAUUCAUAUCCAUAGUAGAAGCAAAAAAAUAUCCAUUUGUAGGAUUACAAUUUCAUCCAGAAAAAAAUUCAUAUGAAUGGAAAACAAAUGACCCUCAUAGUUGGUCAGCAAUACAUUCAGCACGCUAUUUUUAUGAUUGGUUUGUCAAUGAAUGUCGUCAAAAUAAUCACAGAUAUAUAAAAAAUAAUAUACUGGAAAAUGAACUAAUUUAUAACUAUCCUACUACUUAUAUGAAUAAUUUGUCUUCUGUUUUUGAACAAGUAUAUCCUUUGAUGGAUAAGUAUCUAUUAUGAAUUUUACAAUAGUCUAAUAACUAUAAAUAGUUUAGUUGUUUGGUAUGUUCUUUAUUCCAUUUCAAACUUAUAACUGUAUUAUUGAUAUUAUUUAUGCUUUAAUACACUUAUGAACAAAGUAUCUGUUAUAUUAAUAAAAUACACAUCAAGA